AAGAAAUCACUGCCCUCGCUCAUGCAGUCACGCCGUCGUCGGCUCGAGGACUGAGGGCCGCGUUAUCCUCUGGCCGUGGGCCUCAUGUGCUGAGGUAUGCUCACGCUGAGCAGCCAUCGAAUGUCUGUCUCCUGAGUCUCUGAGGUGGAAGUGCGUCCUUCUUGACGGACGGGGCAUGCUUCAUGGCCAGGCAGUCGGAGGGUACGGCGCCAGACGGUCACCAGCACAAACUGCUGCUCUCUCUCUCUCCCUCAUCAAGUGGCUGGUGGGAGUCAAGAUGCCCCGAGUCCUCUUCCACCAUGACGCCUUGCUUGCCGUUCCGUCCAUUUCUACAAGAGAUGUGACCACACAGCCAGCUCAGAUCUCACGGUCUCGCCCUACUCCAACCGCGCACCCGAAUUUACUCAAUGUAAGACAUGCGAAGCGAGAAGAAGAGCGCCGCGAGCCGGGCGCCAAUCGAGCUGCGGAGAAGGAGGUCACGAUCUUGCAUUUUGCCAACGGUGACACAAUGGACAUGGUGAGUGUCUACCCAAGAAUCUCCACCAAUGAGGUGAAGAUUCGCCGAGUACAGCAGCGUCUGUUCAGGACCCUCCCGAACCUUUCGAGUCCCGCAAGAGCAAGGCGAAACAAAGCGGAAAAGGAUGAGGGCGAGGGCGAGGUCGAGAGUGGAGGAGGCCCGGCUGGUGGACAGCGAUACGCUACGGAGGGAGACCAUGGCAAGGCGGUGCCAAUCCUUCACCACCAGAAUGAUCUACACAUCGCCGUCUCCAUGGAUCGUUGUUGA